AUGCCUCUUCCGUCGAGUUUUAAAAACAGGCAGAAGGCAGAAGCAUCUCAGAAACAAACAGAGCAGAAGCAGCAAAGCGAACCAAGCGACGAAACCGUAGCAAUUUCCGACGAAUCCCAGCAAUUUCUGGUGAAUUUCCACCAUUUUGCAACCAUAUUCCGAGGCGUGGUUGAGUGUGGGAGGCCGAUGAGGAUGGACAAUGAGCUUAUAACUGCCUUGAUCGAGCGCUGGAGGCCUGAGACACAUUGUUUCCACCUACUAGGUUUGAGAGCAGACGGUCGUGUUUUCACUGGCCGUGACUACCCUAUUGGAUAUGAAGAUUGGCCCAGCAAGUGUCGAGAUUGGUUGGGAUGGAUACCUGACGCAGAAACAGAAACGAAGCAGGGUGGUUUGUUGAUGACAUCUCUGAUCCACCAAGCGACGAUACCUUUGGGUGAUGGGCUGCAUGAGUAUGCAUACAUCCAAAGAGCACGUAUACAUGCUCUGAUCUUGUUAGGGAGGCUUAUUAUACCGGACACCACAGGGUGCAAGGUCCCCUUUAUGUGGUUAAAUGCCUUUGACGAUCCGGAAGAAGUGGCUAAUAUCAGUUGGGGUAGUGCUGCUUUAGCAUUUCUGUAUCAUUAUUUGUGCGAGGCUUAUGUAGGCAGACAUAAAAGAGAUGUGGGUGGACCUAUGGUUCUUUUGCAGCUGUGGGCGUGGGAAAGAAUGCCUACAUUGAGGCCAGCCUUCUUGAUAUCGCCUAUGCACAUGCCGUAUACCCCGUGUGGAGCCAAGUGGCACAGAGUUACUGAAAUUGGAAAUGCUCCCCGACAUUCAGUAGCUCAUUAUCGUGAUCAAUUAUCACUGAUUCGUCCCGGCCAGUUUCUGUGGACACCGUAUGCAGAUUGUAUCCUGCCUGAUUACUGCAUUGAUUCGACUGCAUCCUUCUUGUGCGACACUUAUUUGGUGUGCUGGUCAUUUGUCGAGGCACACGAGGCUGGACGCGACAUUUGA